GUGGUAUGUAUCUUUCCCUAUAUAAAUGCAACGAACGUAUUUAUUAGUGCAGUUGUGUUUGAACGAGAUUCAAAUGAGAAAGUGAUACUUACUUGAUAAAAUUAGCAUUCAUACAAAAUGCUUUCACAAAUCAAAACGAUUGGUGUUUAUUUGAUGAUUAUUAUUGUUCUGUGUAGAAUCGACGGUCAAAAUGAUAUAAAUAGCAGAGCAGAUAAAAUGAAUAAAGGUGGCGACGAAAAGGAUUUUCCAAAGUGCAGACAUUUAACAACAAACAAUUCUUCGUAUGUAUUUUAUCCAAUUGAAGAGAUACAAAAUGAAGGAGGAUUUUUCUUAAAAUUCAACGUAAAAGGUGAACGCGAAAUCAACAUCAUAUUUUCUCCAACAAAUCAAUUUACAGACCGUGAUCAAAAAGCUUUAAAAGUGCUCAUGCAUGUUGAGCCUGACAAUCCAAGUAAGAAUGAUGAUGAGCCUGUCUAUCCGAGUGAUAUUGGUGAUGAGCCUGAUGAUCCAGAAGAGGUUAAUGAUGAGCCUGCCAAUCCGAGUAAGGUUAAUGAUGAGCCUGACAAUCCGAGUAAGGUUGGUGAUGAGCCUGACUAUCCGAGUGAUAUUGGUAAUGAGCCUGAUGAUCCAGAAGAGAUUAAUGAUGAGCCUGGCAAUCCGAGUAAGGUAAGCGGUAUUUCCAAGAUACAAGCUACUGAGUCACGCAAACCUGCAGAACAUGUACACUACGAAAAGAACAUGGUAUCAUCUAAAGAAUGGCGUCAAUUCUGGAUUCGAAUUACCUCGGAUGGAACUUCAAUUGAAGUUGGAAAGAACGGCAGCGCCCCGUUCAUGUCUUCGAGAGUAGAGCCUCGUCAAAUUAAGUACUACGGAUUUGCUAGCUCGUCCGAUCCUGUUCGCUAUGCUUUUCUGUGUUUUGAAAACAGUAACGUAGAUAAUCAACGAUAUAGAACUUUGAUAACCUACGAUAACGCUUACACGUUUUAUCCUAUCAGAGAUAUAAAAAAUGACGAAGGAAUUUUUCUAAAAUUCAAUGUGAAAACUGAUCAAGACGCCAUCAUUAUUUUUUCACACACAAAUGAAACUGUGAAAAACGACGAGAAAGUUUUUAUAGUAAUUUUAGGAGGAUAUACUACGAAUACAAUUUCAGCUAUCAAGACCUCCGAACUCGAUGGACCAGGAAGCGAAUAUCGCGAGAAAGAUAUAUUGUCGCCCGACGAAUGGCGUCAGUUGUGGAUUCGAAUCACCCCAGAUGGAGCAUCAAUUCAAGUCGGAAAGAAUGGAGGAUCUGCUUUCAUGUCUUUGAAAACGGAGUCUACGCCAAUUAAGUAUUAUGGAUUUGCUAGUGGUGACAGUUUCGCUAGCUGGACUUUUCCAAGUCUUGAAAAUAAUAACAUAGCGAGAAAUGUUUGCAUGCCUUCACCAUGCGGACCAAACAGCGAAUGUAAACAAAAAGACAACCACGCCAUAUGUUCUUGUAGGAGAAACGAACUUGGUUCGCCUUCAACAUGCAGACUAGAAUGCAUUUUCAACUCGGAAUGUCCACAAACCGAAGCCUGCAUCGAGAAAACAUGCAAAAAUCCAUGCAAUGUCGACGGAACCUGCGGCGAAAAUACAUCAUGCAAAGUAGACAAUCAUGUUCCCAUAUGCAGUUGCUCAAAUGGAACAACAGGAGAUCCAUUAGCGGAAUGUGUUAGAGAAGAAGAUCUUCCUAAAUACAGAAGCAUAAGCAGCCAUGGAGGAGCGCACAUAUUUUAUCCCAUCGGCGCAAUAAAAAAUGAAAACGAUAUUUUUCUCAAGUUCAAUGUGAAAACUCCAAGAACUGCUGUCAUCACUUUCUCAUCAACAAAUCAACAAGAAAUGGACCAUCAGCAAUUUUUUAAAGUAUCUUUGGAUGGUCCAAGUGGUGCACUUGCAACAAUCCACUCACAUCUAACAGACCAAUUCUGUAUAUACAAUGAAACGGAUAACCUUUUAUCAGUUGAUGAUUGGCGUCAGUUUUGGAUUCGAAUUACCUCAGACGGAUCGUCAAUUGAAGUAGGAAAGAAUGGGAAACCCGCCUUCAUGUCUGUAAAAGUCCAGCCUUGGCCGAUCAAGUAUUUUGGCUUCACCAGUAAAAAAGAGAUUUAUCAUGUUUGGUGGAAUUUUGUGUGUUCCAAGAACAUCAACACAGAUCUUCUCCGAUACAGAACUCAAAUGUCUACUUCGGGUUCUUAUGCCUUUUAUCCCAUCAAAGAGAUAAAAAAUGAUGAUGGAAUUUUUUUGACAUUCGACGUAAAAAUUGACAAUGGAGCUAUGAUAAGGUUUACUACAAAAAAUUAUGUAACAUACGAAGCUGAUGAGAUUAUUUUUGAUGUAGUCUUGGGCGUGCGUGAGGGUUCAUAUGCGACAAUCCGAAAUAUCAGUUACGGGAAACCACAAUCCAUACAUGAUGAGAAAAAUAUCGUAUCCGGCGAAGAAUGGCGUAAAUUCUGGAUUCGAAUCGCAAUAGAUGGAUCAUCAAUUGAAGUUGGAAAAAAUAGGGGUCCCGCUUUCAUGUCUUUGAAAACGAAACCAAGCCUAAUAAAGUACUUCGGUUUUUAUAAAGAUUCUUCCGGUGGUUCACAGUGGGCUUUUCCUAGUCCCCCGAGUAAAGCUAAUUUUCUGGUAUUCAUAUAAUUUCAUCAAUUAGCGCGCGAACAAAUGGACUUCAAGAUUUCAAACCAAAUAAUUUUACUUCUAUCCCAUGACUUCGCUCCAACAUUUCAGCAAUUAUACGUCCACGUGUUAUUCACAUGAGUGAAAUUUUCUACUGAAUAAUCUUUUUUCACAUCUACGAGUAUUUUUAAGUUUAUGUGUCAUCUAGGAUAACUGCUUAAAUUUAAGUCAUUCAAAUUUAGUUUCCCAGCACAAUACUCAUAAAUCCACAGACGCGUCUUGAAAUUUAGCGCACCAAAAAUCAAAACUUCGAUAUUGUAAAUUUCUAGAUGUGUAAUAAGGGGUAAUUUGAGACGCUGAGUUCAUUUUUGAUGUUAUUUUUUUACCCUAGCCCCAAAAUGAGCCCUCAAAGGGGGGUGCUGAGUGGUAAAUUUUUGAAUUUUUUCAGUGGGGUGUCAAAAUCUACAUAUUUUUGCCUUCUAAAUUCGUUUUUAACAUCAUUUUUUACCCUAUCCCUAAAAUGGGCUCUCGAAGGGGUAUGCUCAAUUGUAAAUUUUUGAAUUUUUCGAGUGGGGUGUCAAAAUUUACAAAUUUUUGCCUUCCAAAUUUGUUUUUAACUUUCUUUAGCUUAGCCUCAAAAUGAGCCCUCAAGAGUAGAUGAUGAGAGGUACAUUUUUGAAUUUUUUGAGUGGGGUGUCAAAAAUACUCAUAUUUUUUGAUGAUUUAGGCUGUAUUAUGUGAAAUCUAAAAUGUGUAAAAAGAGCCAAAGGCGGAAGAAGGCGGAAAAAGUGUAUGCAUAGUCUUAGACCUGAUACUUGGGCCUUCUAAAUGCCAAUGAGUUUUUUUUGGUAUCUCUAGGACGGAAAUAGUUUGACUCUAAAAUAUCAGUAGAAAAAAUUCAAAAAAUGUACUUUCUUUUUUUGCAAAAUCGAAGCACCCAUCAAACGAAAAUGAAAAAACACAUACACCAUGCAAAACUAGAGAAACUCAGCUUUAAAAUGAUAUAUUGGGUUAUUGCUUUUGCAUAUGAUGACUGGAAAAGACAUGCAUUUUAAAAACACCCUCAAGUAACCACUAUUCUUAUCAUGUGUAUAGUGACAUCUUGUCUCAUAGAUUAGGCAACAACAGCGCUACUUCCAGUCUCAAUACUCUGGAUAUGUAGGUUCUAGACUAUACUUAAUACUUUGGCACAAUUUUGAAUUUUAUUUGAGCACUAAAUUUUUUUGAUUUUUGGCGCGCUAAAUUUAUAUCUGAACCAAUGUGAGACGCGAUGGAAAGUUAAUUUUACGACUACUGAUGCUUUUUUGGACAAAAAUAUCGUGGACCCCUAAAAAAGUUUUCUGCUAAAUAUUUCGGUUGGUCACAGUGAAUGAUAAUACCUAAUGAUAGCAUAUGAUUGGUUGUUGGACUGAAAUGAUAAGUUGAUAACUUUCCACCAACCAUAUGCAUCUAUUCACGUUGCCAACCCAUAUUUUAAAUGAAAAACUUUCUAUGGGGUUGACGAUAUUUUUGCCCACCCUGUAUGUUUCACCUACGUAUUUUAAAACGUAUCACUAUCUACCUAGUUAAUAAUUAAUUCAUCUCGUACCUAUGUAUGUACAGGGUGAGGCACGGUAACCUGACACAUUUACAACUGCAAAAACUCUAACUCAGUCUGAACCAUUUGAAAAAAUAAAUACACCAAAAAAUAGUAGAAAGAUGAAGGUUUAUUUAUCACUUAGUUUUAAAAAUUAUGCUGCUUAAAUGAUCGCCCUCUUUAACGAUACAAUUUUCAAGGUUUUUUGGGGAAAUUUUCUCAAACUUUUUCAAAAAUUCUCCCGAAAUUUCACCGAUUUCACUCAUAAUAUUUCGUUUUAAUUGUUGGAGGGUUUUUGGUUCAUUUAUUUUCACUCCGGACUUCAAGUAUCCUACAGAUGGUAAUUACAAUAAGAUAAAUCUGGCGAACGCGGCAGCCAGACAAAAUCAGCGUUGCGUAAAAAUUAUUCGAUACUGAAAUGUUUUUUCGGAAUUGUGGCACGUAGCGCCAUCUUUCAGACGCCAGGCGCGACUCAACACGACUCAGACGAUCGUUUCCCUUCAGUUGCGGAAGAAAAAACGCGCAUGAUUGUGUACCUACUUCGUUGAGUUGACUCGUUGACUGUAUCCUGUGUUGACCAUAAAAUGAAAAUCUUUUCCAUAAACUUCGGGUUUGUUCAACAUUUUUUCUAUGAAUCGUAUCAAAAAAGUGAAUACACCAUCGUGUUCCUGAGACUUCAGGCUACAAAAUAAGCACUCACUCAGUUCAAUACUUGAAUUAGGCUUGCCACAUGAACGCAGGAUGCAUUACUCUUUAACCGCCCCUCGUAAUAUAUGAGCCGUGGCCAUAAAUCUGCUCAAAAAUAAACGUAUGAUGCACCAUCAUCCAGUGAUGAAUAUUCGCAAGCUACUAAAAAGAAAAAAAACCUUCAUCCUUCUACUUUCAGACGCGGGGUCGCGGAAGUCCCGCCUAUCAUUCCUCUUGACGCGCUGGACAAAACAAAUGUGUCAGGUUCCCAUGCCUCACCCUGUAUAAUGUAUUUAAUUCAUUAUUCUCCAUUGUUUAUUUAAAAUACAUACGUAUUAUCGCA